AUGUCGGACUCUCUCCAAGUGCCUGACCCCGCCAGGCUACAGUUCUACCCUCCAGGUGGACAGAAGCAGACCAGAUUCGCUCCUCUCCCACCGAGACCACCGCCGCCUCCUGGUAGGCACUCCUUCAUCAAUGCCAGGAGCUCAUGGAUGCGAAGAAGCCAACGCUUCCAACCUCUUGGACUUGAACCACCACCGUCAGACCGCUUCUCCCGCUUGCCGCGGCUAAGCAGGUUAUCAUACUACCCCGUCGCCAACGAGUAUAUCGAGGGUGUCUUCAACGAGAAGACUGCCCUCCCUCCACGAUGGUCCUUUUACGUGCCAGACUUUGACUUUGAUGUCGAGGACUUUAAGAAGUAUGACGAGAAGCCAGAAAAUGAAGACGACGAGGGCCCGCCCACAGCCCUCAAGGCCUUCCGUGUCGACUUUUGGGAUGGAGACCCGGAUGACCCAAAGAACUGGUCGACGGCCUACCGUGUGCUCGUCGUCGCCAUGUUUGCCUUGACGACACUGGCUACGGGCAUCUACUCGACGGCCUACUCCAGUGGUAUCACCCAGAUGAGCCAAGAGCUCAACGUCACCAACCCUUCACUACCUCUCCUUGGUAUCUCUCUUUACCUCGUCGGUCUUGCCCUUGGUGCCCUUAUCAUGGCACCUCUGAGUGAGACCUUUGGCCGAAGACCAAUGUACAUUGGCGGCCUGACAGUAUUCUUGGGACUGAUUCCUCUCGCCGCACUGGCAACCAACUUCACGAUGGUCAUCGUGGCACGUUUCUUAGGUGCUGUCGCGGGAAGUGUCAUGCUUUCCAACGUUGGCGGCUCCAUCAUGGACAUCACGAACCCCAAAUACUUGCCGCUGGCUAUGUCAGUGUACUCAUUUGGACCCCUCAACGGUCCCGUCCUCGGGCCUCUCAUGGGUGGAUUUCUCGUUGAAGCCUUCGGCUGGAGAUCACUCAACUGGAUGUCAUUGAUCUCAACAGCCGUCGGAGCUCUCUUCAUCAUGACCGUCCCAGAGACGUACCGGCCUACACUUCUGAGAAAGAAGGCUGCUGCAAAGCGGCAAGAAGAGGAAGACCACAGAUACUGGUCCGACUUUGACGACACCGUUCCUAUCUUCCGCAGGAUCAGGACGGCCGUGUCCCGUCCCUUCAUCCUAUCUUUCACUGAGCCCGUGCUCAUGUUCUGGAACAUUUACAUAUCUGUCAUUUACGCCAUCGUCCAGUUGGCCUACGUCGCAUUUCCUAUUGUCUACACCACCGAGCGCGGCUGGAGCGUCGCCAUUUCUGGUCUCGCCUUCCUCGGCGUCUUUGUCGGUAUCGCGCUAGUCCUAGCCACCGAGCCGCUUCUCAGAAAGCUGGUCAAUCGCCAACCCAAGAACCCGGAGACUGGCCAACAGGAGCCAGAGGCAGUCGUCCUUCUCAUCUGCAUCGGUGCGGUCCUCGAGCCCGUCGGCCAGCUCUCAUUCGCUCUGACUUCCCUACCCAUCGACAUCCCCUUUUACUGGAGUGUCCUAUCUGGUGUCCCCUUCGGCUACGGCUUCGGCCUCGUCUUCAUUUACGGAACCAGCUACAUCUCAAAAGUCUUUGGCAUGUACGCGACCUCCGCCUCAGCCGGUAACCUCGUCUUCAGAUCUAUUCUGGGCGCCGUGUUGGUGCUCGUCGGCAAGAGCAUGUACGCCGCCCUGACACCGCGCAUUGCGGGCAUUACGGUCGGUGUCGCCGAGGUCGUGCUCAUGCCCGUCCCCUUUAUCUUUUAUAAGUGGGGCAAAAAGAUUCGGCAGAGAAGCAAACUUAUUCAAACUUUGGAGGAGCAAGCGAAGAAGAUGUCUUAA